AUGCACACCGCUCCUCUACGCAUCGGCAAUGUCUCCGGCGCAACAGGCGACAGCGCACAUGCUAUGCGCCGAAUGGCACGCGAUGGUAAGGUCGACGUGAUUGUGGGCGAUUGGCUGUCGGAGAUGAACAUUGCAUGGAAUGCCAUCACCAAAAGCCAAGACCCCGAGUUAGGGUACGAGGUCGGAUUCCUGGCGCAACUAGAAGAGUCUUUGGACGAUAUCAUGGAGCGCAAGAUUAAAGUUGUUACCAAUGCAGGGGCACUCAAUACGCCAGCUUUAACCUGGAGGGUACAGCAACUAUGCCGCGAAAGGGGCCUUGGCGAUAUCAUUAUUGCAAGCGUUGUAGGGGAUGACAUGUCUGCGAUCGUGACAGAUCCAUCGCAAAGGGCAGAGUUGCGAAUGCCGCAUCUAGACCACCCGGAGAAGCUAUUAGAUGACUGGGAUGUCGAGCCUUACUGUGGAGUUGCCUAUAUAGGCGCUUGGGGCAUUGUGGAAGCGUUGAAGGCGAACGCUCAGAUUGUGAUCUGCGGACGCAUAACUGACGCCUCGCCCGUCAUUGGAGCGGCAGCCUGGUGGUACGGUUGGAAGAGGACAUAUUUUGACGCCCUUGCAGGCGCUUUGGUUGCUGGGCAUCUCAUUGAAUGCGGACCGUAUAUCACCGGAGCCAACUUCCCGGGGUUCAAAAACUUUCUCCCCAGCCUGAUCGAUCUUGCCUUCCCAAUCGCUGAGAUUGCUCCGGACGGCAGCUGCACCAUCACCAAGCCCGAGCAGCACGGAGGACACGUCACGAAACACAAUACCAUUGCCCAGUUGCUCUAUGAACUCCAAAGGGAGUUAUACCUGAAUCCUGACGUGGUCGGCGACUUGCGGAAUAUUCAGGUCAAGGAAGAAGGAAAGGACCGUGUGCAUAUCACUGGAGCAACCGGGAGACCCCCUCCUCCAACUACCAAGGCCAUGGUAGCCGCUCGUGGGGGUUACCAGGCAGAGACAGUCUUCUAUAUCAAUGGGCUGGACGUAGAAGAAAAAGCACAGAUAAUACGCCAGCAGUUAAAUCAUAUGCUUAGUGGCCAUAACUUCUCCAAGUUAUCCAUAGAGCUAUACGGGACGCCUGCCAUAAACCCCCCGAGCCAACAGGCGGGCACAGUCUCGCUUCGCAUCUUUACACAGGCCAGAAACAUAAAUGAUAUUUCGGCUGACAAGUUCAAGUCUCCAAUCUAUGCGCUUUGA